CAGCAGGAGAAGAAGAAGAAGAAGAAGCGCGGAGACGUGAAGGAGCGGAGGAACAGGCCCUCCUCAAGACCCAGCUCAGCUCAGGCGUCUCAGCCCGAGGACGGAUGCAGGACGGAGGGUUUGUGAGCGCGCGGGCAUGGGCCACUCAGUGCGACCUGAACUGUAGUGCAAGACCGCAGAUCAUUCCCAUUCUCGUCUGAGCUGGACUCUUGACUUUUCACGCGUGGAUUUGGAAGAAAAGUGAGGCACGGGGCUGUUCUGCAGCUGCUCCGUCGUUGCUGUUUCUACUCCGGCAGCAUCAGAUCUGAACCCAUCUUUAAUACAUUUCUUUGCGCAAGCGGUCGGUGCGCCCCAGAGCCUUCGGAUCAUGGGUUGUACGGUGAGCGCCGAGGAUAAAGCUGCCGCGGAGAGGUCAAAGAUGAUCGACAAAAACCUCCGAGAGGAUGGAGAGAAGGCGGCCAGAGAAGUGAAAUUGCUUUUAUUGGGUGCUGGGGAGUCUGGAAAGAGCACCAUCGUAAAGCAGAUGAAAAUCAUCCAUGAAGACGGCUACUCGGAAGAUGAGUGCAAACAGUACCGGGCCGUGGUCUACAGUAAUACUAUCCAGUCUAUAAUGGCCAUUGUUAAAGCCAUGGCCAGUCUGAAGAUAGACUACUCCAACCCUGGCAGAGUGGACGACGCCCAGCAGCUCUUCGCCCUGUCUGCCGCGGCCGAGGAGCAGGGCAUCCUUCCAGAGGACUUGGCCAACGUGAUCAGGCGGUUGUGGGGCGACGGCGGCAUCCAGAGCUGCUUCGCCAGGUCGCGAGAAUACCAGCUCAACGACUCUGCAGCAUAUUACCUGAACGACCUUGAGAGGAUAGCCAAAGCAGAUUACAUCCCCACCCAGCAGGACGUGCUGCGGACCCGGGUCAAGACCACCGGCAUUGUUGAGACCCACUUCACUUUCAAGGAGCUGCACUUCAAAAUGUUCGAUGUUGGAGGCCAGCGCUCGGAGAGGAAGAAGUGGAUUCACUGUUUUGAAGGAGUCACAGCCAUUAUCUUCUGUGUUGCGCUGAGCGCUUACGACCUGGUGCUGGCUGAGGAUGAGGAAAUGAACCGAAUGCAUGAGAGCAUGAAGCUGUUCGACUCCAUCUGCAACAACAAGUGGUUCACCGAAACCUCCAUCAUCCUCUUCCUCAACAAGAAGGACCUCUUUGAGGAGAAGAUCACCCGCAGCCCCCUCACCAUAUGCUUCCCGGAGUACACAGGAGCCAACAAGUUUGAUGAAGCUGCCAGUUACAUCCAGACCAAAUUCGAGGAUCUGAACAAGAAAAAGGACACCAAGGAGAUCUACACCCACUUCACCUGUGCCACUGACACCAAGAACGUGCAGUUUGUCUUCGACGCCGUGACUGACGUCAUUAUUAAGAACAACCUAAAAGACUGUGGUCUUUUCUAAAGGUAGGCUGUAGGAUGAAGCCUGGCGCGCACAGACUGCAUGAGAGACUGCAAUAGCCAUGUGACGAUUACUGCUUUUCAUAAUGAAAACCAUAACGGAACUGAUUCCUGCAGGGGGAACCUGAAGAACUUCAACAAUCACUGAUUUUCAACCGUACCAUCGUCUGUCCGAUCUGUUCUUGCUAUUUUUCUAUGUCUCCCUCACUGCUCUUUAUCAAGGGUUGCUGUACUCCUGUUCAUCCUGAGUACCUGCGUUUAACCCUCUAAUUUAACAAGAGCAAUCAACUAACAAUCAAGGCGGCGCUCGCCUCAGAAGGCUUCUUCUUUCUAUUUGAUUUUAAGAUGGAUAUUAUUAGCCAGUUGGCUCCAGUGGAAAUGAAAUUAUAAGACGAGCCAAACCUGGCAAAUUGAACAGCUAAUCUCUUGAUGCCGCAGGGCAAAUGAAAAUACAAUAAAACUAUUAUUUUCCUCAAACUAAGUGGAUCAUGGAUCAGUCUGACAACCAAUUGUUUUUUGUUUUUGUUUUUUUUUUUUUUUUUUAAAUCAAUUCAGUCUUUCUUUAUUGUGUUCAGAUAUCUAUAAAGUUUUUUUUCUUUCAAUUUUAUUUUCCUUUUUGCUUUGGAAGUUUAAGAGGACAAAGAAAAAAAACUUUUAUAAAAAAAUUCACCUUUUAACUUCUGUUAACUGGCAUUUUAUGAACCUUUUGACUGCACAGAGCUUAUUUUUUAGAAGAAAACAAACAAGCAUGGAGAAUGACAAUGGAUGAAGGGGAAAUGUUUUUUGUACAAUGUUUACACAGAUCAAUACUCACUCUUGUACUAUAGUGCAUUGUUCUGCAUGACUGUCCAUAGAUUAGCCUGUACACCCCUUCCCCACAAACAGAAUUACAUUCCUUGAGUAACUUCUUUAAUGAAAUAAAACAGAAAUGGUUAUGUGUCACUUUUAAAAUAUCUGCAAGGUUUUUAAGUGGUUAUGUGUGUUCCUAACAUGAUUGUUCUGUACUAUUCGUUUCAUUCCAAGUCUUUUUACAUAUGUCUGUGCCUUGAUAUCUGUUUACACUUGUUCUUUAGAGACAUGCUAUCUCCAUAGUGUGAAUUAGGGCUAUUUCUACUCCACUUCUGUUCACAUAAUCCAUGAUUUAGGGUGCACCACCACAACACCGAGACAAAUGAACGAUAGCUCUACAUUAUUAUCAAGAGAAAAACUCAGUCACUUGUUCAGUGUAAAUAAAAAGUUUGGUCACAUGAUUUUUUAUUUUGC